GUGAGAAACUGAGAUCGCUUGACAGAAGGCUUAUCUAACUUGGUGUGGUUGUUGUUACUGUGCUGUCUUUUCUUUAGCAAUUAUGUCUUUCUGCAGUUGGUUUGGCGGUGAGAAGUACAAAGAUCAUUUUGAUAAAGGAAUCUAUGUGUGUUCAGAAUGUGGCCACCAUCUGUUCAACAGCAAGUGUAAAUAUGAGCACUCAUCUCCCUGGCCAGCCUUCACAGAGACCAUCAGACCUGACAGCGUAUCCAAGAGGGCCGAGUCACCCACGGCCAUAAAGGUGUCCUGUGGGAAGUGCGGAAAUGGACUGGGUCAUGAGUUUCUAGGGGAUGGUCCCAAAGAGGGACAGUCACGAUUUUGAAUAUUCUCUCACUCUCUGAAGUUUGUUCCUAAUGAGAAGCUACAGAAUGGAAAAUAGUACAAGUUUAGGCCUCACAGCUGCUGGUGUUAAUGGUUGCUCCCUGACAUAUUUAAACAAACAUUUUGCAUAUCACUGUUUAAUGCCAAGUUUUAAUGUACGUUUUGAUUGGUCUUAAGUACUACUAUUAUUGUAAAUAUUGGUAUUAAAAACAGCAUUCAUUGUGACACAUUUUCCAAAAGAUUUAGGUAUUAUAUAAUGAACUAUGUCUUACAAUAUAUGUGUCUGUGUAUGUUCAUUUAUUUGAAAUAAGAAAUUAUUGGAUGGUAUAAAGUCAUGUUGUUGGAUGAUACAGGUAACGGUAAUUUAAUGAUUUUAGCAGAGGCUUUCCUGCAUAUAUUUAUGGGAUAUUAAAUUAAAUUAUAUUGUUUGUUAUUUAAAAUCUGAAAGUUAACAAAGAACGUGUUGUAUGACCAGAAAGGUACAUCACUCUCUGCUUGAUGGUUUUGUUGUUUUUUUACAGCCUUCAGUUUGAUUACAAUAUCACACUUGUGGUGUUAUGUUUAACAAACUGUUUACUGAAAAGUCUGCAUAUUGGUUCUUUGAUGACCACUAGCAUUACUCCAGUUUGGGGACUCCUUUGUCGUCAUAUGAUUGAAAAAUUGUACAACAUUGAACCCCAAGCAUUCACUCACUAUACCAGCUUGGUAGUGUGUGUAACAUUCUAAAAGUUGGAGGAACUUCAAGUUCUUCGAUCAAAUAAGCAAGUACAUACGAUAUAAUCUCUGUCAGAAUGUCUCCUCAUUACUGCUAACAUUUUCUGUGCUUUGCUAUUCGAAGUCUUAACCGUGAAACCUUGUUUUUGUGAUGGAUAUUCUCACAUAUGGAAGACAAGGUUUGGUGUGCUGUAAAAUUGAUAUAAAUUGUGAAAGAUCAUGUUUUUUGUAGUUAUAGAACUUUUUGUGACUUGAGGUAUGCCCCAAGGAAGGUCCGUUAUGAAAGAGCAUGCAAAUGUUUGCUUCAACAGUUUAUGCGAGUACAUUUAAUAAAACUGUCAGAGAAGGUAUUUAUAAAAUUGUUGACCCCCAUUAUUUUUGGAAGGUCAUUAUUUUCUCAGGGAGGAUAAAUUGAUAGUUUUAAUGUAAUAUAUGUAACUGUGUUUGAUGGAGUAAAUUACAGUUGUGGAACUUACAGUAAGCGAUGCCAUUGUAUGUCAUGUAUGUUCCAUUUUCACUGGUACAGACAAAUGUCGCAUCACAUACUGUACUUGUUAUGGAGACUUUUAUAGUUUAUCAUGCCUUGAUAGGUUGGUGGCUUGCAAAUAAGGGUUUAAGAACUUAUCAAUCAUUUCACUAAUCAAUUCAUUUUGUGCACAUAAAUAUUUACUGACAGGUUUACUCAUCACCAAACUAUAAUCUGUACUACUGUUGUUUUGUUAUAUUAUACCUCAGAUGUUCAGGAAUUUUUUUGUAGUAUACAAAUAUUGUGGAUUUGUAGGUCUAGGAAAACAUUGUUUAUUUACACCUCAGGGCGGAAUUCAGACAGAAUCUCGAACUACAUCCUUAUAUAAUAAAAGUUAUUAUAUUAUGCAAUAAAGUGACGUAUUCAUAGAAGCAACCAUGACGUCAGCAGCUAAGUACUGUUCUGUGAAUGCCUGUUGUCAUGCACUCCUUGAUUUGUCAGUGCUGAAUGAUGCCACAUUGCCAGAGCCCAUCAGUGGAGAGCUUUGUGGUGGAUGGAAAAGGCCUGGGAACCUGGAUAAUGAAACACCAUCCACUGAACAGUAGUAUACCCUUUCCUCCUGCCAUUAUUUUUUAAUUUACAUUUCUGGGUUUGUGUUUUUAACCUUGAAAAAGGUCAAGAAACCAAUUUAUAUACACCCUUGCACUUUUUCUAUGCGUGGAUUAAUCAUUUGUAAAAAAUGAUACAAUAUUUUGAAUCAAAGUGGACCCUUUUAAUAUGAAAGAUUAUCAAAAGUAUGCACUACAAGUAUUUACCACAAUUUAUAUGUCAGGAAAGUAACUGUGAAAAUAAUGAUUCAUGAUAUGAACAAAACAGAUAAAUUAAACUAAGAUGCUUUUAAUAUAUACAUGUGUUACUAGCAAAGCGCUAUAUUUUUGACAUGCUUUAGACAAUAAAAUAUGUAGCUGUUUGUAUAUGUUUUUAUUAGCUUUUAUUGUGCCUCUAAUGUUAAGUUGCAUUAAUGAUAUUUUCUAUGCAAGUAUCUGUGUUAAUUGUUUGUUGAAAAUUUCCAUAGAUACGUGUAACGUAGUGUUCAGCUCAGGAUAUAGAUCAUAUUACAUUAUUAAUACCGGUACAUGUUGUUAAGUUUGGUCUGAGAUUAAUGGGUUUUAUGGGUUGUUCAUAGUAUUUCUAGCAGGGACCAUUAGAAUAGGCAGUAAUGGCUGAUACAUAAAUCAGAUGAGAUGUACGUAUAUGUCCGUAUCUUAAGUGUAUGUUUCAGAACAGUAUACCUUUCAAUGCAAGGACCAUCCUUGCACGGAUGAAACCAAACAAUGGUAUUUAUAUAGAUUAUAUUGUGAUAGAGACUUAGUGUGUACAGUUGUUGCCAUUUGUAUGUAAUUGUAUCUAUAUUGGUCUUACCUUGCCAAAGUUAUGACUGUUUGGAAUUUUCAGAUAUGUGAAACUUGUUAGACAAACAAGUUUGUAUGUAUGUCUGUCUUCCUACUAGUCGUGGAUGCAUAUAUAUGGUUAUGUGCCAUCUUACAUGAAUUUUCUGUUGUAAUCUCUAAUGUACUGAAUUCCAUCUGACGAUUGAGCUGUGACAUGGUAUGUGUUAGUAGACUAUAAGAAAUGAUAACUAGGAUACAGAGCUUGGUAAAUUUUCUUUUGUAAUACAUAAACAUAUAAGGAACACAUUGUCUAUUACGAAAACUAACUGCAUUAUUCACCUUUUGUGUUUGAAAAGCUAAUUAAAAUGAUUGCAUUAUUUUGAAAAGGUUGCUUUUUUCUUUGCCUGAUUUGGAAAUGUAUUUUACUAGCGGAGUAAUUAUUCAAGUAGAACAAAAAAAGUGUCCAAUGGCCAAAUUUGUGGUUUACUUGUAAACUUGUAUAACCGGCUUAUGUCAAAUUUCCCAGUUGAUGGUUAGUUGAAUAAUCUCUUGUAGAAAAAACCAAAGCUAAAUUCUGUUUAUUAUGAGCACGGCGGUAAA